AUGGAGGACUCCCCGCCACUGGCAGCAGAGCUGGAACACCUCAACGCCUCCCUGAACGAGUCCUGGGCCAACCCAUUCGUGCAGCCACCGUGGCAGGUGGCCCUGUGGGCCGUGGCCUACGCGCUGAUCGUGGUGGUGGCCGUGGUGGGCAACGCGGUGGUCAUGUGGAUCAUCCUGGCGCACAAGCGGAUGCGCACGGUCACCAACUACCUGCUGGUGAACCUGGCCUUCGCCGAGGCCUCCAUGGCCGCGCUCAACACCGUGGUGAACUUCAGCUACGCCGUGCACAACGAGUGGUACUUCGGCCCGGCCUACUGCCGCUUCCACAACUUCUUCCCCAUCGCUGCCGUCUUCGCCAGCAUCUACUCCAUGACGGCCAUCGCGCUGGACAGGUACAUGGCCAUCAUCCACCCACUCCGGCCACGCCUCUCGGCCGCAGCCACCAAGGUCCUGGUGGGGCUGAUCUGGCUCCUGGCGCUCCUGCUGGCUUUUCCACAGGGAUAUUUCUCCAUCACCGCCGAGCUCCCGGGACGCUUCGUCUGCCUCGUGGAGUGGCCGGAGCCCGGCGGAGCCACGUCUGGAAAAACGUACCAUUUCUCCAUGACCGUCCUGCUGUACCUGCUCCCGCUGCUGGUGAUCGGCUGCGCCUACGCCGCUGUCGGCCGCACACUCUGGGCCAGCGCCAUUCCCGGAGACUCCUCCGACCGCUACCACGAGCAGGUGUCGGCAAAGAGGAAGGUGGUGAAGAUGAUGAUCAUCGUGGUGUGCACCUUCGCGCUCUGCUGGCUGCCGUACCACGUGUACUUCACGCUGCAGUACCUGCGGCCGCAGUGGUACCUGAGCCGGUCCGUCCAGCAGGUCUACCUGGCUGUCAUGUGGCUGGCCAUGAGCUCCACCAUGUACAACCCCAUCAUCUACUGCUGCCUCAACGACAGGUUCCGGGUGGGAUUCAAGCACGCAUUCCGGUGGUGCCCGUGGGUCAGUGCCGGUGAGUACGAAGGGCUGGAGCUGCGCUCGGCGCGCUUCCUGCACACACACAGCUCCGUGUCCAAGCUCAGCCGCAUGGACACCGCCACCGUGGCCUCGGCGCUCGGCACGGCCGACGAGGAGCCGGAUGAUCCCGGCCAGGCCGAGCGGCUCUCCCUGGACAUGACCUCCAACGGCUCCUCCCGCAGCGACUCCAAGACGGUCUCCGAGAGCUUCAGCUUCUACUCUAACACCCCCACCUAG